AGAUGACUACACUUAAGUAUGCAACUGUGCUGUUAUUCUUCAUCAUCAGUAUCAAGGACGUUCAAGUAACAAAAACUUCCAAAAAGACUUUUCCAGUCUUAUAUUUUAAGACAACAAAAUCGGAAACGGACAAAUCUGGGAAACAAUUAUUUCCCUUGCUUCAGCCACAACAGGGAACUGUGAAUUGUGAGACAGAAUGUUCUGAAGAUGAUUGGGACUUUCUCGACAUCUUUGACUCUGAUGACGAUAAAUGCGCUGUCAACUGUAAAUUUACUUACAGCGGAGGAACAACAAUAACAUCAACAGUGAACAAACAGGACAAUGUUGAAAAGAUAAAUGACAAAAUAAAUGAGAAAACAAAGAAAAUAAAUUAUGACAUAAAAAUGACAAAUGACAAGUUAAAUGAGGACACAGAGAAGAUAAAUAAAGACAUAAAGAUGAUAAAUGAGGAGAUUAAGAAGAAAACUAACAAGAUAAAGGAAUACUUAGAGAAUCUAAAGAAAAACAUAAAAGAAAUAACAAAAGAAAACGCUGUCGAAAUAAAGGAAAGAUUAACAUCCAAGACAGAUGUGAUAAUCGAUGUCAUUGAGAUUAUAAAUGACAAUAUAAAUGCUAGCACAAAUAUAAUAAAUGACGACAAAACGCUGAUAAUUAAUGACAUAAACAUGAUAAAGGACAAGAUAAAUUACUACAGAAAGGAGAUAAAUGAUAUAUCCUACUGAUGAUAAAGAAUAAAGGUAAAUAGAUGGGUUAAUAAUUGACAGUUAACUUGACUUUCAG